UCGAAGUCUUGUUCCCCAACUGCCCGGCUGCUCCACCUUUGACCGCCUCCACCGUCUUCAUCGACCACCAUCGCGGCUUGCAACCAGCAACGCCGCCGCCGCCUGGACUGACUCUGCCUUUCGCUAUUGCUGCAGCUACCGGGUGCUGCCACCACCGCAGUCGCCUUCUACCGCUGCUUCGAUUGCUGCAUCCAAGCCUUCCAGAGACUGAUUGUGAUUGCAGUUUUGUGCAUGUACGCAAAAAUGGAGUAUUUGUUUCCAAACAUGGUAUGGAGAGUGUAAACAAAUUAGAUCCCCUCGAAUAUUGCCAGUGCUGCAUUUUGGCCCAUCAAAUGGAUGAGACAGUGGGAACAGUGUUGGUAAUAUCCUUAGUUUAUCUUGUCGUCAUUAUAUCGGUUAUUGCAACUAUCCUGUUUGCUCGAAAUUGUUGGCUUCUCCGCCAUGGAGUUCAUAUUCGGCCCCCUAACAUGAAGAGACAGGCAGUGGAUGUUCUUCCUUGCUUCACAUUUAAAUCCGCUUACUUGAAUGGUAAACGUAUAGAAGAGACCUGUGCUAUCUGUCUCGAGGACUAUAGAGAUGAGGAGAUGCUUAGAAUUCUGCCCUGUUUACAUGAAUUUCACUUGGCGUGCGUGGAUUCAUGGCUGACAAAAUGGGGCACAUUUUGCCCAGUAUGCAAGCACGAAGUGAGCUCAGAAGGAUAGGUCAUUUGAGCUCUGAAGGAUAAGCUACUCCUGGCUUUCUUUUUUUCAAGAGUCCGGAAGCUUCAACAUUUGUUAGAGGAUGAAUUAAAUUGUUAGUCCCUGAACAUCCAGUCAAGUUUCACUUUGUUCCUUUGACGUUCAAGCUGCACAUCGACACCCCUGAACUUCUGUAAUUGUUUCACUUUAGUCUAUAUACUCUCACAUACUGUUAGAGGAAGAACUCAAUUCAUCUGUAUACUACUACAUCAUGCAUCCAUCGGCCCUCCAUCCAUCUCAUUGUUCCAAUCCAACCAUCUAAUUUCUAAUUAGGAAAAAGGCUGCAAAUUAGUAGAUGGUGGGGAUUGAAAUUUUGCGAUGAGAUCAGCAAUGAGAAAUGUGCGGUGUAUACGGAUGCACUGGCUGCGGGCAAUAAUUUCUCCUCUGGGAGUAUUUUUUUGUUUUUCUUUUUUUCUGAAUGCCCUCAGGCAGUAAUUACUUGCAAGGAUUAAAGUGAAACAUUUUUAAAAGUUUAGAGUAUGAAUGACGGACAUAAAGGCAUAUAAGGACAAAAGUGAAGCUUGUCUGAUAUUUUACGAAGUGAUAUGUCACUUUUAUCAUUCAUAAAUGGUGAUCUGCUUCCACAGACAAGGCUUAUUCUACUGUUUCUCAUCAAAUCAAAUGUUUACUUUCUCCAUUUUAUUUCUUUAGUGCCGCCAAGCUAUCUCUUGGCUAUAGUGCACAAGAAAGGGGACUUCUUCAUUCUGCAGUGAUUGAAUGCAUGCCAAUAUGUGGAGAAUAAGUGUGUUUUGUUGCAAAUUAGUUAUUGUUCUUAAUUUAUGCGUGUACAGAAUUAUUAACUUGUUUUACUUGGUCUCCACUCCAGUAUGAGGUUUUAUUUUUAUGGUAAUAUAUUUCUUUGUAUAUACUUCAAUCCAUUCUUGAUGUAAAUAUAGACCCUCUUUUAAUUCUUUG